UUCCGGAGGCUUUAGGGGAGCCGGCCAACUGCUUUAGAUACUUGGUCCUGGCCACGGAGAAGACUGCUCUGCUGUGCUGCUCUGGCGCUGAGAAGCAGAGGUGGGCCCGCCCCUACCGCGGGUGGGGUGGGUGAAUCUUGCUGGAUCAAGGCAAGUUUCAGAAAGGAAACGGCAAGCGAAUUGUACAAGCGGGCCACUUAAGUUUUCUUUCACGAAGAGACCCGCAUCUUGCCAAGCUUCUUGAGGCUUGGUGACCCUCACAGCAGACCGGUUGUGGGGUCCAUGAAGAGGCUCAUGUUCAGAAGUAUGACCUGAGGUGAUGUCAGGAGAAUGGCUCUCAUGAAUAAGAAGUGCAUCUGUGAGCUUUGCUCCUGCGGCAGGCAUCACUGCCCACAUCUCCCUACCAAGAUUUAUGAGAAGACAGAGAAACCAUGUUUUUUCUCCGAAUACACGGAGAAGUAUCCUACCUAUCAUUCUUAUAUGGCCCGAGAGUCCUUCAAACCCAAGGUCGAGUACCAGAAAGUAGAUAUACCAAUGGAAGGCCUGUCCACAACAAAGAGAGACUUUGGGGCUUACGACAUAGUACCGGUGAAACACCAUCUUCCCGAGAAGGUCGCUCCAAUUCAAGAAGAAAUGGAUUUCCUCACAACGUAUAAUCAACACUACCACUACUGCCCUGCCAGUCGAGUGAGCCUCAUCAAACCUCGAGACAACAGACAAAAAUGUAAUGACAAAAUGGAGUGUGUGCCUACGUACAAAGCUGAUUAUUUACCUUGGAACCAACCAAAAAGAUCCUUGAUUCUUCCACCACCACAAUCAUUAUACCAUCCUGGGUCCUGUAGGUUUGAUCAUAGAACCACACACCAGGACGAUUAUCCCAUAAAAAGUCCUGUGGAUAUUGUGAGCUACAAACCUCCACCUGGGCCCAAGCUCUGCAACCUCCCCUUGGAGAGUAUGACAAGCUACAGAUCGAGCUAUGUGGCCCAUCCGGUGGAGAAGUGGUGUGUGUACGAGGGAGAGAAGUAUAAACCAUGUGAAAUUCCUUUUGAUGGCCUUACCACCCACAGAGAUUCCUACAAGGGUUUGAUGGGGGAGCCAGCCAAGAGCUGGAAGCCUGCACCAAAUCACCCUGGGCUAGAUAUACCUUUUGCGUCCAACACUGAAUUUCGAGAAAAAUUUCUAGCUUGGCCAACACCCAAGAUUAUUCCCAAAGAUCCCAUUCCCUACAUCCCUCCUGAAGGGAAGAUGGAUCUUCUGACAACUACGCAAGUCGAUUACCAGUACCCCAAAGGUGCUCCUGCUCAGUCCUUCAGGCCAGUCAUCCAUUUGAAGAAGAGUGAGCGAUUUGAAGGCUCCACCACCAACAAAGAGGAUUACAAACACUGGGCUAACAUCCGCAGAGAGCCAGUCAAACCUGCUCCCCAGCUGAAGUUCCCUGAUGAACCUAUGGAUUACAUGACCACCAAUCGUGCCCACUAUGUGCCCCAUGCACCAGUCAAUACCAAAAGCUACAAGCCAACCUGGUCUGGCCCUUGUGUAAACAUCCCAAUAGAAGGUCAGACCACCUACUCUACUACUUUUACUCCUAAGGAAAUUAAAAGGUGCCCAGCUUCAUACUCUGAACCCCCUGGCUACAUCUUUGAAGAGGUGGAUGCUUUAGGGCACAGGGUGUACAGGCCGGUUUCCCGAGCAGCUUCUCAGGAAAGCAACCAUCUUGGCUUUGGUGAUGCAUAAAGAAUUAGCAGUCCCAGCCUGUCAUUGAAAAAUGGUUGUUUAGAAAUUGAAACUGCACAGCACACUAAAAGCAAAUGAUUGAGGAUUAUUAAGUGAACAAAAAGAAUUCCCCAAAAUGAGAACAACACAAACCAAACAAACUUCAUCAUCAAUUUCAGGACACUUGAAUGGAAUAAGAGUCACCUAAAGAAAAUGACAUGGAGCCAGCAGAUCGACUCCUUCUAACCCUUCCUUGACUGUACCUCCCCACCCCCAUCAACAUUCCUUGUUUUGUGCACAUGAAAUGCACACAUGUGAGACCAUGCAAAGCUGGUCUCAAAAUGUUUUUCUGAUCUAGGUGUAUUUUAUUAAUUUGAUCAUUUGCCAAGAUUGAAGUGUCAAUAAUAAAAUUUAUAUUGGGGAAAA